AUGGAGGUGAUGGAGGGGGAGCUGGCGUUCUUCUCGCCACUGAGGCCGUCCCGCCUCUCCUUCGACGGCUUCGGCUCGCCGACAUGGGCAUCGCAGCUGGGGACGCUGCGCGACUCGUCGCCCUCAUCGUGCGUCUCCGACGGCCGUGGCGGCGGAAACGGCCGCUCGGGCUUCAGCUCGCCGACAUGGGGAUCGCCGCUGGAGACGCUGUUCAACGCGCCCUCAUCGUGCGUCCCCGAUAGACAUGUCGGUGGCAACGGCUCCGGGCUCAGCUCGCUGACAUGGGGGUCAACGCUGGAGACGUUGUUCAACUCGCCCUCAACGCGCGUCUCCGACUGCCGUGGCGCUGGCAAUGGCUCCAUGUUCAGCACGCCCAAGCAGGCAUCGCCUCUGGAGACACUGCUCAACUCGCCCUCAUCGUCAUCGUGCGUCACCGACAGCCGUGGCAGUGACACUGGCUCCGUGUUCGCCACGGCGAAGAUGGCGUUGCCGCUGGAGACACUUCUCAACUCGCCCUCAUCGUCCAUCUCCGACAGCCGUGGCGGUGGCAACGCCUCCGGGUUCAGCACGACGAAGAAGGCGUCGCCGCUGGAGCCGCUUCUCAACUCGCCCUCAUCGUCCGUCUCAGACAGUCGCGGUUGCGGAAACAGCUCUUCACCCAGGAUCUCGAAGGAGCGGGACAGUGAGCAGGUGAAGAAGGCGGAGUCUCUCCUGCGCGCGAUCACCGAGCGCUACGAGAACUGCUUCCUCCGCCUUCGAGACACUACAGCCGAGCUCGCCGACCUCCGCCUCGAGCGCGUCCGCCUCCGCGCCGAGAACCUGCACCUCUCCCUCCUCCUCGAAGAGCUCGAUGCCGCUGAGCAGAGUAAGCAGGCGUCAGCGGUGGCUCUGAUUCCGCCGCCGAAGCCAACGCAGGCUGAAGCUCCAAGCACCCCGAAGAGCAUCUCCAUACGUUCGAAGGGCUUCCUCUCGAAGAAGCAGCCGCAGGGCGUGGCCACACCACAGCGCCUCCGUGUUCGCGCGUCUCAGGCGAUGGAGGACGCAGGGGAGAAGGAGAAGGAUGACGGGGAGGUGGAGGUGGAGGCGUUCCGGCAGGGCGCCGUGAAGACGGAGCUCUGCAACAAGUGGGAGCGCGGCGCGUGCCCCUACGACGGGCGUUGCAGGUUCGCGCACGGCAUGGAGGAGCUGCGCCCCGUGAUCCGCCACCCGCGCUACAAGACCCUCCCGUGCCAGUUGUUCGCCGCCGCCUCUGGCUGCCCCUACGGCCACCGCUGCCACUUCCGCCACUCCACGGCGCCCACUGCCGAGUCCUGCUAG